AUCGUUCCGGGAUUUCUUGUGCUGAGCGCCUCAGCACAGACAGCUUCAGUGGACCUGCAACAAAAAGCGAUACAGCAAGUCGCGCCAGUGAUAGCCUACAUUUCAAAUCAGCACAUCAUUAUUCAGUGGACGAUGGGAAGCGGUGGCAACACAUCGGACAUUCCGUACUAUUUCUCACAUUUUGCCAUGAUGAACAAUAGUGUUUUUUGUCGGAACUUCAGCGAUAACGUGAGUGUAGAGUCCAAAUGUGAGAGAACAGACAACCUAGCCAAAGACUCGACACCAGUGAUCAUCGCGAUUAUAAUCACGACUCUUUACUCUAUCGUGUGUGUGCUUGGUCUGGUGGGGAACGUACUCGUCAUGUAUGUCAUUAUCAGAUACACUAAAAUGAAAACCGCCACAAAUAUCUACAUCUUCAACCUGGCCUUGGCUGAUGCACUAGCCACCAGUACACUGCCCUUCCAGAGUGUCAACUUCCUGAUGGGGACUUGGCCGUUUGGAGACAUUCUGUGCAAGAUAGUGAUAUCCAUCGACUACUACAACAUGUUCACCAGUAUCUUCACAUUGACCACCAUGAGUAUUGACCGUUACAUUGCAGUGUGCCACCCCGUCAAGGCCUUAGACUUCCGCACGCCCCGUAACGCAAAGAUUGUCAACGUGUGCAACUGGAUCCUGUCCUCUGCCAUCGGUCUGCCUGUCAUGUUCACCGCCUUAACUACUGUAACUGAUAAUGGCAAGUAUGACAGAUUCAUCGACUGCACUUUGAUCUUCCCACACCCAUCCUGGUACUGGGAGAAUCUCUUGAAAAUCUGUGUCUUCAUCUUUGCCUUCAUCAUCCCGGUCCUCAUCAUUACCGUAUGCUACGGGCUAAUGAUCUUGCGCCUGAAGAGCGUGCGCAUGUUGUCCGGCUCCAAGGAGAAGGACCGCAACCUGCGGCGCAUCACCCGCAUGGUCCUGGUGGUGGUGGCCGUCUUCAUCAUCUGUUGGACGCCCAUCCACAUCUACGUCAUCAUCAAAGCCCUAAUCAACAUCCCCAACUCCCUGCUGCAGUCCGUCACCUGGCACUUCUGCAUCGCUCUGGGCUACACCAACAGCUGCCUGAAUCCCGUCCUCUACGCCUUCCUGGACGAGAACUUCAAGCGCUGCUUCCGCGAGUUCUGCAUCCCCCUGAGUCCCUCUGUGCUGGAGCUGCAGAAUUCUUCUCGUACCCGCCCCCACCAGCAGCACCAGCGCGAUCAGCACUCCAGCGCCAACAGGGUGGAGAGGUCCAAUCAACAGGUAUGACUAGGUAUGGAGAUGUUGUCUUUGGACUCACGCUGCCAGCCUAACGAUGACAUGAGCUCGGAAGUCACCCAGGUAACCACAGUGCUCUGACACAAAGCUCUGACACAUGAUGCGCCAAGAUACUGAAGUGCUUCGUAGCACAAGCAUCGAUCGUACUGUCGCCUCUUUCUGGAGAUGCUGACGAGUAUUUGAAUGCAGAAUGACACUCUGCAUAAAGCUUUCUGUCAGGUAGCAUUAUUAAAAUGUUGAACAUUAGGCAGAACACUGAAAUGAAGACACAUCAACUAUUAUGUACACAGUAUCUUUGUAGACUGGUAUAUUGAACAUACUGUAAUAGGAUAAUGUUCUGUGGUCAACAUCAUUCACAAUUAGAAACUCUUGAUUGAGAGCACUUAUUUCAAGACACUAAUUCAAGAAGAUUGUUAUUCAAGGGUCAAGCGGCGAUUCAAAAAAACAAGGCGGCCACCCCACCACUUGUUUUGGUAAACAGCUGAGAGAUGGGACUGGAGGAAUGUUACCACUGUCAAAUUGAUAGACAGAGCUAUGGAUGCAAGAACUGACCAUCCAUGAGAUCAAAAUGAUCUGUUUGUUUGUUUCCAGAGUCAAUGGCUUUAUAUUAUUAAUUUUAAAGUCAGAAAAUGGAUGUAGCUUACCAAUCUGCUUUACAUCUACUGUAUGUAUAGCAGCUUUUAUAUACUGUAUGUUCUGUACUAAAUUGUUAUUUAAUAUAUGUGUAUAUGAUGUGCAAGUGGUUUGGGAACUAUCAAAUGAAUGAAUUAUAUUGUAUUUCCGUGUCAAAUCGGCAGUUGGCAACCCAUCCCUUACUGGAUUUACUGACGCAUAAGCAAACAUUACAAUGAUUCACAGUGAUUAUUCAGUGAUAAUUCUUCCAGUGUUCUGUGCAGUGUGCACUGCAUAAAGAAUGAAAAAAUGAAUAAUAGUAAAUAAGGUUAUUCAAGCAAUAAUAAUAACAACCCUAGAGCUGUAAAAAAAUAAAACAAAUGAAUUACAAAAGAAAUACAGCAAAUGGCAUUUAAACCCGGUCUGGCACAAAGAGAAGAUUUAAAUCAAAUCUCAUUUUAUUUGUCACAUGCACCAAAUUCAACAGGUGUUCAUCUUACUGUGAAAUGCUUACUUACAAGCCCUUCUAUUGUGAGUGAUAUACACAAUCUAUAUACAUAUGUACACUUUGAAUUUCAUUCUGUCACCCUUUUUAUUUUAUUCCCAGCUUUAUAAAACAAAAUCUGCAAACAGAAAUACACAACAGACAAAAAACUAUUUCAGUUUCUCUUCAUCGCUCAGCCACAUAAUGCCAGGGUAGAUUUGGUGGAAUUUCUGAAAGUGUAUAUCGUGGUAGAAAGGACAAUAGAGGAUUAAAUUAAUUGAGUUCUCUCUUCGAGGUCACAAUAGUUACAUAGUGUUUCUGCUUCCAUUUCACCACAAACCGACCUGUUUCAAUACACAGAGACUAUAUCCCUUAUAUUACCUGUUUCAAUAUGCAGAGACAAUAUCCCUGAUCUUACCUGUUUCAAUACGCAGAGACAAUAUCCCUUAUAUUACCUGUUUCAAUACACAGAGACAAUAUCCCUUAUAUUACCUGUUUCAAUAUGCAGAGACAAUAUCCCUGAUCUUACCUGUUUCAAUACGCAGAGACAAUAUCCCUUAUAUUACCUGUUUCAAUACACAGAGACAAUAUCCCUGAUCUUACCUGUUUCAAUACACAGAGACAAUAUCCCUGAUCUUACCUGUUUCAAUACGCAUAGACAAAAUCCCUGAUCUUACCUGUUUCAAUACUCAGAGACAAUUUCACUGAUCUUACCUGUUUCAAUACACAGAGGCAAUUUCCCUGAUCUUACCUGUUUCAAUACGCAGAGGCAAUAUCUCUGAUCUUACCUAUUUCAAUACACAGAGGCAAUUUCCCUGAUCUAACCUGUUUCAAUACACAGGCAAUUUCCCUGAUCUUACCUGUUUCAAUACGCAGAGGCAAUAUCCCUGAUCUUACCUGUUUCAAUACGCAGAGGCAAUAUCCCUGAUCUUACAUGUGCACAUAGCGAUCACUUGCUUUUAUGUAGGUUGUACAUAAUAUAUAUAUAUCUCACACACAAUGUCAGCCUUAAUCAAACAAAAGGUUCUCAAUUUGGGUUUAUGAUUAAUCUCCACCCAUUUGUUUUAAUAUUGUCAGUUGUUUUUUAAUAGCGUCUAUGUCUCCUUUAAUUUGGUUUUUGUUCAAAUGUUCACAGACAGGGCACAAUGGUGUCAAGUCAAGUUACCAAUCGUUUUUCCACCAUUCAUUUUUCCCAUAGUGGAUUUUAGAAACACUUAAAAUAAGAGCUGUGUUUCAUGUAGGCUCACCCUGGCAUGAUGUUUUGAUAACCAUGUACAUCUCUAGGACAAGGAUACUUUUAUCAAUAUAUUUUCUGGUAUUUACCCCCCAAAAGUGAAAUGCUAAUUAGCUGCUAAUGUGGCUAUCCUAAAAAAAAACUACAAAUGCCAUGAUGAUCUGGACGAGCUUGCCGAAUUGAGGCAAAGGUAACCAUCUCUAGAUUAACUAUCUAAUGUUAGCUACAUUUUGUAAUUAAUAAAUUGUCUACAUUUCUGUAAAUUGACAAGUCUGUGAACUGUCUUGUGCAAGUUUUAAAUUGACAUAAUACCUGAUAGCAAAGGUGUCAGCUAGAGUUGACUUGCUGGAGCUUGCUGAGAUUUGUAGUUUUGCAUGACAUCUACUGAGAGUAAAUAGAGGCAAAUAUAUUGAUAAAAGUCACAUUGUCCUAGAGAGAUUUACAUGGGUAUCAAAACAUUACGCCAACCAACAUUACGGUUGGCUGGACCUCUCUAAUUUCCCGUAGAUCACUUCAUUUCUCCCUUUUUGAUUAAUUUCUCCCUUUUAGAUUUAUUUCUCCCAUUUUGAUUCAUUUCUCCCUUUUUGAUUCAUUUCUCCCUUUUUGAUUUAUUUCUCCCUUUUUGAUUAAUUUCUCCCUUUUUGACUCAUUUCUCCCUUUUUGAUUAAUUUCUCCCUUUUUGACUAAUUUCUCCCUUUUUGAUUCAUUUCUCCCUUUUUGAUUCAUUUCUCCUUUUUGACUCAUUUCUCCCUUUUUGACUCAUUUCUCCCUUUUUGAUUAAUUUCUCCCUUUUUGAUUCAUUUCUCCCUUUUUGACUCAUUUCUCCCUUUUUGAUUAAUUUCUCCCUUUUUGAACUUCCAACAUAUCUCACUUCUCUGUUUUGUAUUUUUUAUUUAACUAGGCAAGUCAGAUAAGAACACAUUCUUAUUUACAAUGACAGCCUACAUCGGCCAAACCCUAACCAGGACGACACUGUGCUCCGCCCUUUGUUUAAGUAGGCAGGGUAGCCUAGUGGUUAGAGCGUUGGACUAGUAACCGGAAGGUUGCGAGUUCAAACCCCCGAGCUGACAAGGUACAAAUCUGUCAUUCUGCCCCUGAACAGGCAGUUAACCCACUGUUCCCAGACCGUCAUUGAAAAUAAGAAUUUGUUCUUAACUGACUUGCCUGGUUAAAUAAAGGUUAAACAUUUUUUUUUUAAAUGUUUAAGUAGAGAAAAAAGAGGCACCAAAAAUGCUCAAAGGGUUGGUUAACUCCCCUGUCCCUUGUGUCUCUACCAACCUAGGUAAAUUAGUCCUUAGUUUUAAUGCCGCUCAUGUUUGGAAUCAUUUACAAUCCUCAUUACAUCUUGAAUCCUUGCCAGCAGCGCAGUUUAGAACGCUGAUGUGGAACAUUCUCUGAGGUUUGCAAGUGUUUUGGUUGAUUGUAAUGAUUUAUUUGUGUUGUUGAAAUGUAUCUGUUGUGUCUUGUAUUUUCAUUUUUUGCUGUUUUAUUGAAUUAUGUUGAUUUGUGAAUUGUUUGUUCUCAGGGCACUAUUAUGAACGAGACCCUGGCCUCAAUUGGGAUCCCCCGAAUAAGUAAAA